CCCGCGGGUUGGGUGGCCGGGUGUGGGCUCGCCCUUCCGCCGUCGGCCGACUGGGGAGCGGCGGCAUGGAACUGGGGUAGCGGCCGCCGCGAGGCCGAGCGGGAAAUGUUCUUUUGGGGCCACAGUUUGGGUAUAUCUGAAUGCAAAUCCUCACACGUUUACCAGUAAGACCAAGAAUCUCGACUGAGAAGAUCUCCUCUUGUAGGUUGUUAGCCCAGGAAGCUCCUACUUGAAAUUAACUUUCUUCUUAGUACAGAAUGAGCACAUGUUGUUGGUGUACGCCUGGUGGUAUUUCCACCAUUGACUUCCUAAAGCGCUAUGCAUCCAGGACCCACUCCAGGGAAUUUCAAACAGCUGAUGAAGACCUCUGUUACUGCUUAGAGUGUGUGGCCGAAUACCAUAAAGCAAGGGAUGAAUUGCCAUUCUUGCAUGAGGUUUUAUGGGAAUUAGAAACCUUACGUCUCAUAAAUCACUUUGAAAAAUCCAUGAAAGCAGAAAUUGGAGAUGAUGAUGAAUUGUAUAUAGUAGACAACAAUGGAGAGGCACAACUGUUUGACUUUACUGGCCAAGACUUUGAAAAUAAGCUUCGAGUUCCUCUUCUUGAAAUACUGAAAUAUCCUUAUCUGCUUUUACAUGAGCGUGUUAAUGAAUUAUGUGUUGAAGCACUUUGUCGGAUGGAACAAGCUAAUUGCUCCUUUCAGGUUUUUGACAAGCAUCCAGGGAUCUAUUUGUUUUUGGUCCAUCCCAAUGAAAUGGUUCGGCGUUGGGCUAUCCUGACCGCAAGAAACUUGGGGAAAGUGGACAGAGAUGAUUAUUAUGACUUACAGGAGGUUUUGACUUGCCUUUUUAAAGUCAUUGAAUUGGGGCUUUUAGAAAGUCCAGACAUUUAUACUUCUUCUGUCCUUGAAAAGGGCAAACUGAUUCUUCUGCCCUCGCACAUGUAUGAUACUACCAACUAUAAAAACUAUUGGUUAGGUAUUUGCAUGUUGCUGACCAUUCUUGAGGAGCAAGCCAUGGAUUCACUGUUGUUGGGCUCAGACAAACAAAAUGACUUUAUGCAAUCAAUACUUCACACCAUGGAGAGGCCAUCAGAUGAUGAUAGUGUGGAUCCUUUCUGGCCAGCAUUACACUGUUUCAUGGUGAUUCUGGAUCGCCUUGGAUCUAAGGUCUGGGGUCAACUUAUUGAUCCUAUUGAAGCAUUUCAAACUAUUAUCAAUAAUGUGAGCUACAAUAGAGAGAUUCAAAAUAUACGGAACAGCUCUGUAAGGACCAAGAUAGAACCGGAGUCAUAUUUGGAUGACAUGGUGACUUGCAGCCAGAUUGUAUACAAUUAUAAUCCUGAAAAGAACAAAAAGGAUUCAGGGUGGAGAUCAGCCAUUUGCCCAGAUUAUUGUCCUAACAUGUAUGAAGAAAUGGAAACAUUAUCCAGUUUGCUUCAGUCAGAUAUUGGUCAAGACAUGCGUGUUCAUAACAGCACAUUUCUGUGGUUCAUCCCUUUUGUUCAAUCCCUCAUGGAUCUUAAGGAUUUGGGUGUGGCUUAUAUAGUAGAGGUUAUUCAUCAUCUGCACUCUGAAGUCAAAGAUGUCCUCAACCAAGCAGAUGCUGUGUGUGACAAAGUCAGUGAAUUUUUUCUUCUAAUUUUGGUGUCAGUGAUUGAACUGCAUAGAAAUAAAAAAUGUUUGCAUUUGCUGUGGGUUAGUUCCCAGCAAUGGGUUGAAGCCGUUGUAAAAUGUGCCAAACUUCCAACCAGUGCAUUUGCACGGAGUUCUGAGAAAUCAUCUGGAAAUUGCUCCAAAGGAACAUCAAUGAUGUCAUCUCUGUCAUUGCAUUCACUGCCAUCUAACUCUGUACAACUUGCGUGUGUGCAACUGAUUAGAAGUCUCCUUAAAGAAGGUUAUCAGCUUGGGCAGCAAACUCUUUGUAAGCGAUUCUGGGAUAAGCUCAAUUUAUUCCUGCGAGGAAAUCUAUCUCUAGGUUGGCAGCUGACUAGUCAGGAAACCCAUGAGUUACAAACUUGUUUAAAGCAAAUUAUUCGAAACAUAAAAGUCAAACCACCUCCUUGUAACACUUUGGUGGAUCUGACUCCUGCGUGUAAAACCCCUCCUGCAUCUUAUACUAAAGAGGAAAAUGAACAAAUAGGAAAGAAGUCUAAAAAAGACAUACGCUGUCUGGAAAAUUCCAGCCCAACGUUUUCUAAAGAACCAAUGAAAGCUGAUGCAUAUCAAGUGCAGGAGAGUCUAUUGAUCAAAGCAAGUAACACUGUAGAGGAUAAUGAGCAAAAUUAUAUAAAAGACAUCAAACUAGAAGACCAUCUUUCAACUGAGUCAUGUUUAAAGCAGAGUAGUAAAAAUCUUGUCACUGAAAGAGCUCAAGAUGAAGUUAAAAUAAGUACAAGGAAGCAGAAGUCUGUGAAAGAGAAUUCCUUACAUAAACGACAGAAUUGUACUUCAAGAAAUGGUCCAGAAAAAGGGUGUGACAGAGGAAUAAUAAUAUCAACACGUUUGUUGACUGAUUCUAGCACUGAUUUUCUGGAAAAGGUGUCCACAUCAAAUGAAGAUUUCCCUUUAAAGGAUGAUGCUGUCAGUAAAACCUCAAAAGCAAAAGCUAAGUCACAGAAAGAUGAAAUCUGUGCUAAGUUAUCACAUGUGAUAAAGAAGCAACACAGGAAAAGUACUUUGGUCAAUAAUGCUGUCAAUUUAGAGGAAAACCAGACUGUAUCUAACGUUGAGAAUUUGUUUUCAAGGAAAGAUAUAGGAGGUCAGAAAGGGGAUAGCUUUGUACACAAUCUCACUUUAGACCCUAAUGGUAUUCUGGAUGAUAAAAAUGGAGAGCAAAAAUCUCAAAGCAGUUUAUUACUGAAAAAGAAACAAUUAAAGAAUGAAGAGUUAGAUAUUUUCUCUUCCCAUGAAAAGAGUUGUCAAAUACAAGAAUGUCAUGCUGAUGAUAAAGAUUUGGUCUCGUUUACAGAAAUGACUAAUACUUUCAUGAAGAAAACAUCUCCCUUUAAAGAUCCCAUGACUGUAAUUGAAUCAAGAGAGAAGGAAAUUAGCAAGAGUACCGAUCAGGUUUCUUCUAAUUUGAGAGAACAGGCCCCUAGCAUCAGUCCUAAUUCUGACACUUUAACAGAUUCUCAGAUAGACCAAGACCUCCACAAAUUGUCUUUAAUAGCUCAGGCUAGCGUUAUUAAGUUUCCAUCAGAUUCAGCACAAAGAAACUCAUCCCAGCUACAAAGAAAAGUAAGAGAUGAUAAGAGAUGUUUCACAGCUAACCAAAACAAAGUUGGAGAAACCUGCCAUGAACAGGUGAUUAUUAUUUCAGAUUCUGAUGAUGAUGAUGAUGGUGAUGAAAGAAUUCUGCGUUUUGAGAAACACACUAAUAAACAAGAUAAAAUAUGUGUUGAGAAAGAAUGUCCAGAGCAGCAUAUUGCAGUAGAUAAUACAAAUGUGGAAAAGAAGCUAAUAAAAGAAGAAGAGACACAGUCCCUUUUACAGUUUGAGGAAUCUGAUUCUCAGUUUUUUGAGUUUGAAAGUCCAUGUGAAGUGUUUUCAGUUUGGCAAGAUCAGAAACCAGACAACAAGAAUUCAGUUCAAGAGGAUGAAAAAAAUUCAUGCUUGACUCAUAUAGUUGAUAUCACAAAUGAUUGGGGUUAUGAUACAGAUUAUGUAUCUAAAGAGGUUAUUAAAAAAGUAUCAGAGGGCAUUGAAGAACACGCAGAACCACAGAGUACUAGGAUUUCUGUUGAGGAAUUUUGUGAAAUUGAAGUAAAAAAACCUAAGAGAAAACAAAUUGAAAAACCUAUGGCUGAAGACCCUUUAAGGCCUUCAUCUAUCAGCAAGGAGGUCCAGCCUGAUAUUCUUAAUGAUAAAGGUCUGACUGAAAAUAAUUUUAAAAGUAUUGACAUAAAGACUACAACUCCCAAUUCAAGUAUUCAGAGAGCCACCACGAUUUCCCUAAAGAAAUCUUCUCCGAAGCCUCAUGCUUAUUCCAAACCUGUUAGGAAAGUCCCACUUUCUAAAACCCCUAAGAAAACACAUUCAGAUGCCAAAAAAGGACAGAAUAAAAAUUCAAAUUACAUAAGUUGUAGGACAGCUCCUGCUGUAGUGCCACCAAAGAAAUUUCGCCAGUGUCCUGAACCAACUUCAAAAGUUGAGAAACUUGGUCUGAAAAAGGCUCCUCAUAGGGCAUUUGAGUUGCCUCAGCGGCCUUUAGAGCAUAUGGGUAAGUUACGUGACCAUGGCAAAACUGUUGGAGUAGUUGAUACCCCAAAGAAGACUAAAUUAAUUUCUCAGACUUCUGUCAAAAAUAAUAAGAAAUUGCUGAAAAAUCAAGAUCUGCAGUUGCAAAGGCAGAUGAGAUCCAGAUCACAACAAAAUAAACAAAGAUGUUUUGAUUAUAAAAGUACAGAUACUAUGAAAACAAGGUCACGCACAGCGCAGAAUUCUGACAUAUUUGUACCAGGAUCAGCUAGGUCAGAUAAUAAAGGAGGAACUGAGGUAAUUGCUGACAGUGAUGGCAGGCAAUUAAUAAAGUGUGCAUCUUCUGAACUAGAACCUGUGAAAACAAAAUAUGUUUCCCAGGUGACUGAUGAUACUUGUCUUUUGAACCAGUGUAAUUCUGUAGUGUUAAAUGGAAGAAUACCAACAAAUGAAAUAAUUGUUUCUACUUCAGAAGAACCUUUAGGUGGAAGUGACCUAACAGCACAUCAUUUAGAGCUGGCAAUUUUGAAAGAGCAAGAGCCUGAAUCCAACAGUGAUAUAGAGGAAGAUAAUAUAUUUUUAACACAACGUGACCCUGAGGAUAUGGAUUUAUGUUCACAAAUGGAGAAUGGUAAUGAUAAACUCAUUGAGGUAGUUCAUGGAAAAGAUACUGUUCAGGUAGAAGAUGAUUCCGUAAGACAGCCUCAGUUGGAAUCUUUGAGUAGCGCAAAGUGUAAGUACAAAGAUUGUGUUGAAACUAUGAAAAACGAGGGUGAGUACUGCUUGAAACACUCUGAAGUUAAAGCAGCAGAUGAAGAUGUAUUUCGUAAACCUAGCUUGCCUCUUUCUUCAUCUAAACCUUGGAGACCUACCACUAAGAUUUUUAGCUCACGUAGUACUUCACGAAUUGCUCAUCUUUCCAAGUCUUUGGAAAAUACCUCAGCACUUCCACCAGCUCUGAAAAAUAAGUCAAAUGGGGUACAAUCUAUUUUGAAAGCACCACAGCCAGCCUCUCUCGUGUCUCAGAAGCCAAUGGGUGAAGUGAAGAGUUUGUGCAAUGUUCUUCAUUCUCAGACUCCAAAUAAUUCCAACAGACAAGGUUACAAACUUCCAUUUGGUGAAAACAAGUCUUUUUUGGCUUCCUCUCCAGUAAGCAUUCCCUUGUCAUCACAGUCUGUCUCUGACACCUUUGUUAAAGAGGUCUUAAAAUGGAAAUAUGAAAUGUUUGUGAACUUUGAUCAGUGUGGGCCCCCAGCAAGUCUUUGUCAGUCCAUCUCAAGACCUGUGCCUAUCAAAUUUCAAGAUUGUGGAGAAUAUUUCAACGUUUUUCUUCCUUUGAUGAUACUGAAUACUUUUGAAACAGUGGCACAGGAAUGGAUCAGCUCUCCAAAUAAAGAGAAAUUCUGUCAGUUACAUUUACGAAAAUUUCCUGCUGAUUAUAAAAAAUACUGGGAGUUUGUGGUUUAUCUUGAAGAAUGUGAACUAGCUAAACAACUUCAUCCAAAGGAAAAUGAUUUGGUGUUUUUGGUUCCUGAAAGACUAAAUGGAGAGAAGAAAGCUAUAGAGAGAAAUUGCAUGCAAGACCCUCAUGAAUAUCAUUGUGGUUAUGUUCAUAAAUUUCGCCGCACUUCAGUCAUGCGUAAUGGGAAAUCUGAGUAUUCCCUUUCCAUCCAGACUCAAGAUAAUUUGCCAGUCAAUUUAAAUGAACUCGUGAAAUGUAUUGUAAUCAGUUCUCUGGUAACUACACAAAGGAAGUUGAAAGCCAUGUCUUUGCUGAGUGGUCGGAACCAACUGGCCAGAGCUGUUCUGAAUCCAAACCCCAUGGACUUCUGUACAAAAGAUUUACUUACUACAACAUCUGACAGAAUUAUUGCCUACCUAAGAGAUUUCAAUGAAGACCAAAAGAAAGCGAUAGAAACUGCAUAUGCCAUGGUGAAACACUCCCCAUCAGUUGCCAAGAUAUGUCUGAUUCAUGGACCACCUGGAACAGGAAAAUCAAAAACUAUUGUUGGCCUCCUCUAUUGCCUACUGACCGAGAACCAUAGGAAGGGGCAUUCAGAUGAAAACUCCAAUGCCAAAAUCAAACAAAACCGUGUCCUUGUGUGUGCACCUUCCAAUGCAGCUGUUGAUGAACUUAUGAAAAAAAUUAUCCUCGAAUUCAAGGAAAAAUGUAAAGACAAGAAGAAUCCUUUGGGAAACUGUGGAGAUAUAAACUUAGUACGUCUGGGUCCAGAGAAGUCUAUUAAUAAUGAGGUCCUAAAAUUCAGUUUGGACAGCCAAGUUAACCACAGAAUGAAAAAAGACUUACCUUCUCAUGUUCAGGACAUGCAUAGAAGAAAGGAAUAUCUGGAUCAUCAACUAGAUGAACUUUCCCGCCAGCGUGCUUUAUGCCGAGGUGGAAGGGAAGUACAGAGGCAAGAAUUAGAUGAAAAAAUUGCCAGCGUUUCAAAAGAAAGGCAGGAACUUGCUUCGAAAAUUAAAGAGGUUCAAGGACGCCCACAAAAAACACAGAAUAAUAUCAUCUUAGAGUCCCAUGUCAUCUGCUGCACAUUGAGCACCAGUGGUGGUUUACUGCUUGAGUCUGCUUUUCGUGGGCAAGGAGGUGUCCCCUUUAGUUGUGUCAUUGUCGAUGAGGCUGGGCAGUCUUGUGAAGUUGAAACGCUUACUCCACUUAUCCAUCGUUGUAACAAGCUUAUCCUUGUAGGAGAUCCUAAACAGCUCCCUCCCACAGUCAUUUCUAUGAAGGCACAGGAUUAUGGCUAUGACCAGUCGAUGAUGGCUCGCUUCUACAAACUGCUGGAAGAGAAUGUAGAGCACAACGUGAUCAGCAGACUCCCGAUUUUACAGCUCACCGUUCAGUACAGGAUGCACCCAGACAUAUGUCUCUUCCCUUCUAACUAUGUGUAUAACAAAAGCUUGAAAACAAAUAGACUAACUGAGACCAGUCGGUGUUCGUCAGACUGGCCAUUUCAACCCUACCUUGUGUUUGAUGUCGGAGAUGGUUCAGAAAGACGGGAUAAUGACUCAUAUGUAAAUGUUCAAGAAAUAAAACUGGUAAUGGAAAUAAUUAAACUUAUUAAAGACAAAAGAAGAGAUGUUACUUUCCGAAACAUUGGCAUAAUAACCCAUUACAAAGCUCAGAAGACGAUGAUUCAAAAAGAUUUGGACAAAGAGUUUGACGGAAAAGGGCCAGCAGAAGUAGAUACCGUGGAUGCCUUCCAGGGGCGUCAGAAAGAUUGUGUCAUUGUUACCUGUGUCAGAGCAAAUGCCACACAAGGCUCAAUUGGAUUUCUGGCAAGUUUGCAGAGAUUGAAUGUCACCAUUACACGAGCCAAGUACAGCCUCUUCAUCCUUGGUCAUUUGAGGACCCUCAUGGACAAUGAGCAUUGGAACGAACUGAUUCAGGAUGCUCAGAAGCGUGGUGCCAUUAUUAAGACCUGUGACAAAAACUAUAAACAUGAUGCAAUGAAGAUUCUGAAACUCAAGCCUGUACUACAGAGAAGUCUGACUCACCCUUCAGCUGUAGCCCCAGAGGUGUCCAGACCCCAGGGCGGCUUGCCCAGCAACAAGCUAGACAGUGAAUUUGCCAAGACAUCUUUUGCUUCUUCCCUGUACCACACCCCCUCUGACUCCAAGGAAACUACUGUUACUGCAAAGGACCCUGAAAGGCCUUCUGGUCAGGACUGGCUUCGGGACCCACGACUGCUUAGGAGGAUGGGCAUGAGCCCUGAAGCCAAAGGGAAAUGCCUAAUGGAUCCACAGUCCUUGAGCCCGCAGCAUCCUGGAGCAACACCUCCCUCGGGAGAGCCAGGCUUCCCUGUAAUUCACCAGGACGUGGGCAGCGUGCAGCAGUCCGCUGCCAAAGGAGCUACCCUGAGCAACCACAAACCUCAUGUGCAGUGUGAUCCUCCAGCUGCUAGUGGUGAUGCUGCCACAAGUAGAAGAAAAUGUGACCAGGAAGGGAUGCUCAGCUACAGAAGAGAGACCAGGGCUUUCAGUGAAGGGGACCAGGAGAAGUACAGCUCUGUGAGCCAUCACACAAAGAGGAACUCUGGCUGGGACAAGGAGGAGGAGGACAGUAGUUCAAAGAAGAGAAAAGUUUUAUAGUAAAGCCAAAUGACAGAGAUUAUCAGCCACAAGCAUUAUUGCAAACUUAAGAUGACCAGCUAAUAGGACUAUUUAGAUAAGAUUACUUUUUCCCUUAAAGGAAUGUGUGUGCUGUUGGAAAACAUGGAAAGUGCAUCCCAAACCCUGAGCCUCUCGGUCAUCUUCAGUGCUUUCUGUCAGUUCCGGCAGCCUUCAGAGGGCGUUUGUGCAUCAGUUAAUAAUAUCCUUGACGUCAGAGACUUGAAGUGUUGGUCUCUUGUUCUUCUGUAGAAAAGGAGGUCAGACUGGAGUGAAUGUUGUAAAAGUUGAAGUGUAUUUUGUAUAGCAAAUAACAAAAUCCUUUUAAAAUUUAAUCUAGUAGAUGCUUUUGUUUCCCUUGCUUAAAAUGUUAAUCAUUUUCAACAGAAGAAACUUUAUAUUUAAAAAAAAAAAAAAAGGCAGGAGUGCAGAUCCUUUGAACCAUUGUUAUGGUAGGACAGGCCCCUUCAACGGCCUGGGGAGCUGGAAUAAGCUGACUUAGUGUUUGGAAUCGUGCUGGUGGGUCAGAUGUCUCUAGUUCUAGUAAAAAGCAACUGGAGUCUCCUGGGAGAAACUUCGGGAAGCAGAGUUGUGUUAGGUAAGGCUCUGCUGACAUUGCACAGUUUUAGACGCACAUUGGCACAGGAUGUUAGAUUUCUGUGACAAGUUCAUCUACCUAUUUUAGUAAGCACAUAGUUCUCCAGCUAAAAUUUGAAUUCUUCUUGAAAUAAAAGAAGAUGAAAUGAAAGAAUAAUUCUUGAAAUAUCACUCAAAUACCCCCAGCAUGUUGUGAGCUUCCUGUAAGUGGUGGGUUACAAAUCUGCUGGGUGCCAAGUGCUGGAUAGUGCUGGGUGGCUGUGUAGGAACCCCCUUGGCUUGCGUGUGAAGGCUUGCAGAUUGCCAGGAGGCUCCAGCUAAUGAGUUUUAGGUAGAGCCUGGAAAGCUGUGUGUUAAACUUCUUUCCAAGGAAUUCUGGUCACCAGGCAGCUUGGGAACGAUGAGGGCAGGCCACAUAGGAUAUGUUAGGCAGGAAAGAAACACCCUUUUAAAAGACAAGGGUAGAAGAGGAGUGAAAUACUUGGAACUCAGAACUAGCAAGAGAGUUGACAGAUUUCCUGUGAUCUUUGGAAACUGUCUUCACUGAUGAAAAUACACCGCUUUUGUAGAAUAUCUGGUUAGAGGGCAUUGUGCUGCUUUUGUGAAGGGAAAGUGGCCGUGGUGGUGGAGAUGUCAGAGACUUGGACAAGGGAGCAGGGGCUGCCUAAUUCCAAAGUCUGGUUUUUCAGACACGCUCACAAAGUGAAUUAGAAAUGUCACAGACAUGAGAGUGUAUGUUAGUAGCGGUUGGCCGUUGUUAGAACUAGUGGCUUGUAGUGAGUGCUAUACGGCCCAUUAGCUCGUUUGGGGAGGAAAACAAACCCCUGAAGAUUAAUGUGCACGAGGUGGAAUUUUCUUUGUCCUCUGCUUUUUAGCAAAAAGGACUUUGUGUUAGUCAGAAAUUCUACUGAAGCAGAUUAUUAAAAGCUCUAAAAAAAAAUGGUGUGCUUGCCAAGAGUUUCAGUAGUCUACUUCUUCAUUACCCAGUUCCUUCCCGCUGUUGUCCGGACAUCUGCUGCUGAGCAGACACUCCUGUCACUCGGGGCGCACGUGCCCUGUGCCCACAGUCAGGCCCUGCUCCCUGCUUGUGGCUGGAGAGUCUGUCCCUGGCCACGCAGGUAAGGAAGGACAGGUGCGGGCGUGAGCCCUGCGCUGUCUGGGUCAGGGGCUCCAUAAGCUUCCUGCACGUGCCUUUGGCAAGAAAUCUCAUUGUUACUUUAAGCUUACUUUCCUGCCAUCUUUGUAAAAUGCUCAAUUUAGCAGAUACUUGUAGUGGUGACAGUUUAGAGAGUCUGAAACUCUGUAAGCUUGUAAAGGAGGCGUGACAAAACCAGCUGGAGUCAGGAACUGCUCCCACUCUGCUCCUGCAACAGCCGAGUUAAGAAAUAAGUGUUCCCCAGCAUGCACACUGUGCUGCCACCCCCAGGUGACGUUCUUUCCAGGUACAUUUGACACCUGUUCUCACACAUCCUGUUCACCUGUUGGUGCCCACGCCCCUGGUCUCAUGCGAGAUUUCGUACACCUGCACGGUCCCUUCUCAGGGGCAGACCUCCUCCUGACGGCCUCCGCCAGUGAGUUGCAGCCACCCGAUGUUGCGUUUGGAAGUGUUUGUUGCUCCCGUUGGAGAAAGUAUUUGCAUAAGCAUUUCAUGUGUCUAGUGUGGCAUUUCUGGAUGCGGCUGUCACAGCAGUGUUGUUAUUGGUAGUUAAUCUUACUGCAAGGUGAACAGUAUGGCUGUUUGCUUUGUCCUUGCCAUGGCGUUCUUAGAAAGUACCCUGUCUUUCAAUAUUGGUUUUUUCAACAUGAAUAUAUUCUACUUACAAACUCGUUUUGCUUCUUUGGAUAUAAUUUGCCUUGGGUUUAUUGUGCACAGUUUAUUUAGUUAUGUUUUCGUGUAUUAUCAGGAGCAAAUUUGAUAAGUACAUGUGAAUAACCUCCUGUAAAUGAAUUUUAUAACAAAAAUGUACUAAAAUAUUUUCUCAAAUUA